CCCAAGUACGCAUUCAACUUUGAUGGACAUGAUUUGGGUUGAUUCCAACCGACUAGUCGAUAUCAUUUUCGGGUUGGUUUGGUAACAUUUUGUUACCGUCAAUGCUUUUCAUGCGAUUUCAACGGCUUAAAUGAAGGCCAGCGACUAAUGACACGAUUCAAUCGGACAUGCUCAAGAAAGAACAUAUUGAUGCUUACCUGACAUCAUGUGGCGCGUUUUUCGUGUUACAAUGCGAGUAGAAUUGGUCACGGUACGUCGCCAGUGCGGUACUCAAAUUCUCACUCCCAUGCGGACGCGGCAUAUAUAAUAAACCACUAGCACUCCGGAAUAAUCAUCUUCAAAUACAAUGUCUACACCUAAGUUCAGGAUUGCCAUCUGCGGAGGAGGCGUAGGUGGUUUGACACUAGCCGUUGCCUUAUCCCAGUACCCGGAUAUUGUCGUCGACGUGUACGAAGCCGCUCAGAGCUUUUGUGAAGUUGGGGCUGGUUUGGGUAUCUGGCCUAGGUCAUUCAAGGUGUUGCGAAAACUUGGGCAUGAUUUGGAGCAACAGCUAAUUCAGCGUUGCGGUUACGAAUGCACAGAAGAAUAUGUCCGAUGUAUCAACCACCGUAAAAGUGAUCAAGCCGCUGGCUUUCAGCUUUUUGAUUUGGUGACGAAAGGCAAUCAAAUGCGUUUUCAUCGAGCUGACUUUCAUGGCGUACUUCUCUCCCAUCUCUCGCCGUCUUGUACAACGCACAACGCCAAGCGACUACAAUCAUAUAUUCAGCCCCGUUCAAGAAAAUCACCAAUCAGAUUAAUAUUUAAAGAUGGAUCGACCGCGACAUGCGAUGUUCUAAUUGGUGCUGACGGGAUCAAAUCUGCAGUCAGGUCCUGCAUGAUGCGUGAGCUGGCUGAUGUCAUAGAUCCCCGCCAAAAGCAAUCUGUGCUCUCAUGCAUCAACCCAGUCUGGAGUGGCGUCACUGCAUACCGAACAUUGAUUCCUGCGGAGAAGCUGCGCGCGCGUUGUCCUAACCACCGCGUCUUUGCGGGAGGGAUUACUCAGUACUUGGGAAAAGAUGCUUUCUUCCUCGGAUACCCAAUUUCUCUUGGGAAAUACAUCAAUAUCGCAGGGUUCACGCUUCAACCCGAUCUCGUUAGCACGGCCUAUGAAGCCGAUCCACGAAUCUCUCGUCGGUCUUUCCAAGGGAAGGCUAACAACGAGUGGGUCGGAGAACUCACGGCUGAACAAUUCGUUGAGCCUUUCGAAGACUUCGAAGAAGAUGCGAAGCUCCUUCUCGAGUGCGUAGAAAAAGGCACGCUUUGGGCUGUGCACACCGUAAAAACGUUACCGACAACGAACUUUGGGCGAGUCGCGCUCUUGGGGGAUGCUGCCCAUGCAAUGCUGCCGUUCCAGGGCGCUGGCGCUGGUCUGAGUAUAGAGGAUGCUUACCUGCUCGCAACUGUUCUCGGACACAAAGCCACGACCUUGGACACAGUACCCAGGGCCCUUGCCAUAUAUGACAAAUUGAGACGGCCAUUUACAUCGGAUGUGGCUCUACGCUCAAGGCUUAAUGGCCAAAUAUGCGCGUUUCAAACCAACGUUCCUUUACACAAGGUCGGCAAGACGAUCACCAAGAAUUGGGAAUGGGCAUGGCUGACGGAGCUAGAUGAUGCUUUGAAAGAAGCCGUCAGGCUUAUGGAGGAUAGUUCAAUAAGGAUCAGCUGACAACAAAGCUAUACAUAUCCGUAUUAUCUAUGUCAUCAUUCAAGUCAUGUAGUUCUAUAUAGCGGUGUCGGACAGUAGUAUGCCUCAGGCAAUUAAA